GCGAGAUGGGCGGUGCGCGGCGGGACAUCCGGGAGCGCCGGGACAAGAUGGCGGUGGAGUCGCGGGUGACGCAGGAGGAGAUCAAGAAGGAGCCCGAGAAGCCGAUCGACCGCGAGAAGACGUGCCCGCUGCUGCUUCGCGUGUUCACGACCAACAAUGGGCGGCACCACCGCAUGGACGAGUUCUCCCGCGGCAACGUGCCCUCCAGCGAGCUGCAGAUCUACACCUGGAUGGAUGCAACUCUGAAAGAGCUGACCAGCUUAGUGAAAGAAGUUUACCCAGAAGCACGGAAGAAGGGCACACACUUCAAUUUUGCAAUUGUUUUUACAGAUCUCAAGAGGCCUGGCUAUAGGGUGAAGGAGAUCGGCAGCACCAUGUCGGGCAGGAAGGGAACAGAUGAUUCCAUGACACUGCAGUCUCAGAAAUUCCAAAUAGGAGACUACUUGGAUAUAGCCAUCACUCCUCCGAAUCGCGCACCGCCCCCAUCAAGCCGCAUGAGACCUUACUAAACUACUGCUUCUUUGUAUGAUUACACAUUCUCUUUAUUCCUACUUGCUGUUCUAAAGCAGGCUUAUUUUUUUGCUUUUGUUGCUAAGCACCUGAAAACAAAGCAGAGCACCAGAAAGGAAAGUUAACUCUUAAACCUUUAGUUUAUUGUUUAGUAGAAACCCUUAUUUUUAGCAGGGCCAUCAUCCUAUCCCUGAUUGUUGCAGUUUGAAUAGCAAGUUAGUGUGUCCAGUGUUUCAAGGCUUCCAUAAAAUAUGACCAGGAGGAUUACAGGUGUUCUGUAAUUCUGUCUUGUUUGGAAUAAAGAUUGAUGUUAUUAA